CAGAGACAGGUUUUUUACAUUUUAAGAAAUUUUUUGAUAAAAAGAAAAAAUCUAUCUUUCUCUUAAAAAAUCUUCCUGUUAAAUACUUUGCGAGCUCUCUAAAACAGACUAUUAUAUUUUCUGUUUGUUAGUUUUCAGUAUGGAAAUAUCGAGAGAAAAAUUAUCGAUCCAUAUUUUUAUUUUGGUUAGGGUUCGUACUAAGUGGCGCAAGUUUUCGAAACCAUCAUAAUGAUUCAGAACGGAAAUACCUACACACUCGGUUUGAUCACAGUGCAUUUCCUGAUAGCACGGCGCGUGGGUGAAACACUGACAAUGCGGAGUAAACUAUUAACUGCUCUCCUAAUUUUCGACAUAUUGUGUACACAGUACACGUUUGGACAAGACCCGUAUGGUCCGUCACAUGUUGAGGUCAACGAUGAGAGCGCGAUGGAAAAUCACGGCGAACUGAUGCUAAUGAUGGAAGGGCAGGUUCACGCCAACGAAAAGGAGCCAACCAUGGAGCUGAUAAGCUCGGUACCAAUGAAAAUAAAGUCAGCCAAGAUUCAGCAACUGCAAGCAGCCCCUCAAAGCCCCCAAAACGGAAUGACCAGCAAAGAGCAGUUUUGUAUGCAGGAGAUGACUAAAUGUUUAGCUAGCAAUAUGCCAAACGACGACGCACAAAACCCCGCAGCGGAGGAUUUCCAACCCGACACUGGGGCUUCAUAUGCGCAAGAAACUGUCGUUUAUCCUACGAUCAGCGCGGAUGAUACUCCAGGACAUUUUGAACCGUUCUCCGCUUCAAAAAAUAAUAUGGGAAACGUCAAGAAAGUUGUAAGGCCAAAUCUGUCUACUGGGGGAAAUGCCGAAAUGCAAUAUUUGCCCUCCUUGAAAUGCAACUCCCAAAAUUUUAUUCGAAUGCAAGACUGUUGCUUAAACACUCCAAGAGAUUUCUUCAGUGGAUCCAUUGUAUACGCUUGCCAAGACAUUUUCCCAAUCAACCCAGGAAUUGUUCUCAAAGAAUACAACCUGAAUUUCGGACAACUGAAUGAUAAUUCGAUAGACCUUUCCAGUUCAGAGACAGUGUCUGGAGAAGCUCUGGGAAGCAGCGUUUGCUUCAUGGAUUGCAUAUUUAGAAAGCGAUUUUUGGUAAGGGAAGAUGGCAAUCUAGACUUCCAACUGUUGCCCCAACAUUUCAUUUCUGCAAAUCUGGACAGAGCAUGGCACUCGACAAUCAUGCAAUCUGUGCGCAACUGCUCUCAAGUCAUGCACAAGUUCCCACCUGUGAUGCAGAACCCAGGAUCAAGCUUUCAGCCGAUUUGUUUCACCCAUCCUUAUUUGUUCCAACAGUGCGUUGCUAAAUCAUUGAGACUGAGAUGUCCAUCUCCAAAUAAAUUGACCAAUUCUGAAACGUGCGUGGAAAAGCGCGAUGUUCUUCAGAAAUGUGAUAUUUUUCAAAUGAAGGUUCCCAUUCCUAGGUUUUAAUGUUUUCAAAUGAUACAUUUUUUUAAAAAAAUAGGUCAAAGUUUUGUAGAAUAAAGUUUAUAUAUGUGGUUUAAAAAAACAAAGAAUUUUAUUUCGAUCCAAGACGCUGUUAUGCAAUCAGCUCGUCUUGCGUGUCACGCAGUUUGCAUAAGUGCGAUUUCUGCAGGCGCUUUAUCUAACCUCAAACAUUCAAGGAAGCAAAAAUUGUCGUCUCACGUCUGCUCUUUGAGUUGAUAU